AAGGAGUGGCCUGGAGGCUGACUAGCGGACAGAACUCACGUCCAACCCAGCUUAGGCCAGGAUGGAACAAGGCAGAGUCACCCUGACAUAGAUGUCACAGAAGAAUUCAGUGGCAGGUUGCUUGCAGCAGGGAGGAUGUGCUAUCUGAGCGAGUGGCCCAAGUCUUUUCUGAAAGCAUUUAUCCGGCACUACAGCCACCAUCAGGUGGAUUUCCUGAUUGAAAAUGACGCAGAGAAGGACUACCUCUAUGACGUGCUGCGGAUGUACCACCAAACCAUGGACGUGGCUGUGCUUGUGGGAGACCUGAAGCUGGUCAUCAGUGAGCCCAGCCGCCUGCCAUUGUUUGAUGCCAUCCGGCCCCUGAUCCCGCUGAAGCACCAGGUGGAAUAUGACCAGCUGACCCCGCGGCGCUCCAGGAAGCUGAAGGAGGUGCGUCUGGACCGUCUGCACCCCGAAGGCCUUGGCCUCAGCGUGCGGGGUGGCCUGGAGUUCGGCUGUGGACUCUUCAUCUCCCACCUCAUCAAAGGCGGCCAGGCAGACAGUGUCGGGCUGCAGGUAGGGGAUGAGAUCGUCCGGAUCAACGGGUAUUCCAUCUCCUCCUGCACCCACGAGGAGGUCAUCAACCUCAUCCGGACCAAGAAGACCGUGUCCAUCAAAGUGAGACACAUUGGCCUGAUCCCUGUGCAGAGCUCUCCUGAUGAGCCCCUCAAAUGGCAGUAUGUGGAUCAGUUUGUGUCGGAAUCGGGGGGUGGACGGGGCAGCCUGGGCUCCCCCGGGAAUCAGGCAAGCAAGGAGAAGAAGGUCUUCAUCAGCCUGGUGGGCUCCCGGGGCCUUGGCUGCAGCAUUUCCAGCGGCCCCAUCCAGAAACCCGGCAUCUUCAUCAGCCAAGUGAAGCCCGGCUCGCUGUCUGCGGAGGUGGGGCUGGAGACAGGGGACCAGAUUGUGGAAGUCAAUGGCAUUGAUUUCUCCAACCUGGACCACAAGGAGGCCGUGAACGUGCUGAAGAGUAGCCGAAGCCUGACCAUCUCCAUUGUAGCCGGAGCUGGCCGGGAGCUGUUCAUGACAGAUCGGGAGCGGCUGGCGGAGGUGCGGCAGCGUGAGCUACAGAGACAGGAGCUGCUGAUGCAGAAGCGGCUGGCCAUGGAGUCCAACAAGAUCCUCCAGGAGCAGCAGGACAUGGAGCGGCAAAGGAGAAAGGAAAUUGCCCAGAAGGCGGCAGAGGAAAACGAGAGGUACCGGAAGGAGAUGGAACAGAUCAUGGAGGAGGAAGAGAAGUUUAAGAAGCAGUGGGAAGAAGACUGGGGCUCAAAGGAGCAGCUCCUCUUGCCCAAAACCAUCACCGCUGAGGUGCAUCCAGUUCCCCUUCGCAAACCAAAGUAUGAUCAGGGAGUGGAGCCUGAGCUCGAGCUUGAAGACCACCCGGAUGGAGGCACAGAGGAGCAGGGAAAGCAGAAAGGAAAAGAUAAGAAGAAAGCCAAGUAUAACAGCUUGCAGGAGUUGAGAAAGAAUAAGAAGGAACUGGAGUUUGAGCAAAAGCUUUACAAAGAGAAAGAGGAAAUGCUGGAGAAGGAAAAACAACUAAAGAUCAACCGAUUGGCCCAGGAGGUAUCUGAGACGGAGCGGGAAGACUUUGAGGAAUCCGAAAAGACCCAGUACUGGGUGGAAAGGCUCUGUCAGACUCGCCUUGAGCAGAUUUCCUCUGCUGAUAAUGAGAUUCCAGAGAUGACCACAGGGCCCCCACCUCCCGCACCUUCUGUGUCUCCCCUGGCCCCACCCUUGAGACGCUUCGCAGGUGGCCUGCACCUCCACACCACUGACCUGGAUGACAUCCCCUUGGACAUGUUCUACUAUCCCCCCAAGACUCCCUCGGCCUUGCCUGUGAUGCCCCACCCUCCACCCUCCAACCCCGCUUCCAAGGUCCCCGCACUCCCUGUGCUUCCUUCCUCGGGCCACGUGAGUGCGUCAUCCUCACCCUGGGUACAGCGCACUCCGCCCCCCAUCCCCAUCCUGCCCCCUCCAUCCAUUCCCACCCAAGACCUCACUCCUACCCGCCCACUGCCCUCGGCACUGGAAGAGGCCCUGGGCAACCACCCAUUCCGCGCUGGGGACACCGGCAAUGGAUCAGAGGACUGGGAGGCCAAGAACCAUAGUGGGAAGCCCACCAGCUCCCCUGCCCCUGAACGGAGCUUCCCGCCCACCACAAAGACAUUUUGCCCAAGUCCACAGCCUCCACGGGGCCCUGGCGUGUCCACCAUCUCCAAACCUGUCAUGGUCCAUCAGGAGUCCAACUUCAUCUACAGGCCAGCUGUGAAGUCUGAGGUCCUGCCACAGGAGAUGUUGAAGAGGAUGGUGGUUUAUCAGACAGCAUUCAGACAAGAUUUCCGGAAAUAUGAGGAAGGCUUUGAGCCCUACUCCAUGUUCACCCCAGAGCAGAUCAUAGGGAAGGACGUUCGGCUCCUGCGCAUCAAGAAGGAGGGCUCCUUAGACCUGGCCCUGGAAGGCGGUGUGGACUCCCCGAUCGGGAAGGUGGUCGUCUCGGCUGUGUAUGACGGGGGAGCGGCUGAGCGGCAUGCCCCAUUUUCCUGCAGGUGGCCUUGUGAAGGGGGACGAGAUCAUGGCUAUCAAUGGCAAGAUCAUAACAGACUACACCCUGGCCGAGGCGGAGGCCACCCUGCAGAAGGCCUGGAAUCAGGGUGGGGACUGGAUCGACCUCGUGGUUGCCGUCUGUCCCCCCAAGGAGUACGAUGACGAGCUGACUUUUUUCUGAAGUCCCGGGAGAGAAAACAAUUUCACCCCUAGAAAAUGUGAGCCCCAGACCUACCCCUUCGACACAAAGCCUGCCAUCGGUCUUGGAAGUCAGCUGGCAGGUGUCCCUGAAACCCAGUGCGGCACCCAGGAAUUUCCAGCCCUCUGGCCCAGAGCUGGGGCUGGAGAAGGAACACCUCAGGCCACUCUGCUGAAGACCAGCACAGAAGGGAGGAGCAGCCUGUCAUCAUGGCCUGUGACUCUGGCCUCUCCCAGCUCUGGAGACUCCUCCCUUGAGCCUCAUGUAGGACCCUAGUCUCUUCUCUCCACCAGCAUCCUUCUAACCUGUCUCCUGCUGUAAGUGCUGCUGCAAACCGUACUCGGAGCUCAUUGGUAAAAUGAACGUGUUUCUUGGGAAUGAGUUCAAGGCUGUCAAAUAAAAAAUCCUUAAGGUUUUGGUCCCUAUCCAAGGAUGAGAAGCAGGUCCGGUGCUGUGACCUGAGCCUGAUGUGAGGAGGAGAUUAAAUGCCCAGGCUGGCUUGGAGCAGAGAGCUGAGGCAGCAGAAAACCAGGUGGGAGGGGCUUUUGUGUGUCCUUAGUGGAGAGAGGCCAGAAAAAGAAGUCCAGGUGGCAGGGCCUUUGCUCUAUUCCAGAAGCAGGAAGUGUCACCUCAAGGUGUGGAGUCCCUCAGCUUCCCUCAAGGACAGCAGGACCACAGCUAUUUCCCCUGGGGUUAUCCAGACAGGAUGGGAGGGAAGGAGGUGCAGGGAGUCCUCUCCCUCUAUGAGAUGACCUCAAACAGAACCUCAGGGAGAAAGGGAGAGGUGGAAGUAAGAGGGUAUCACCCCAAGGCCUCAGCAGGGACAGAGUUACAGGGACCCAGAACUCUAGCUCCAGGGAAAAAUGGGGUGGCAAAUCCCAUGCAAACCCCAGGCACCUCAUCCAAAUCCAAGAUAAGAAAACAUGACGUCCCUGAAAGUUGGAAAUGAAAAAUGGUUUGAUUUAAUGUGUUCUGGAGGGCCAGCUCUGUCCAUCCCUCGGUGGCAGCCUCAUGGCCUCUUAGUGUCUUCAGCCAUCCUCCCAUCUCUGUCACCAGCUUCCUGGGCUUCUGCAGAGCUCAGCUUGGACAUGCUAUUAAAAUCACUGCCUAGCAGGGAAUGGUGGCAAACACCUCUAACCCCAGCUCUAUGGGACGCUGAGGCAGGAGGACAAGUUCAAGGUCAGAAUGGGCCUCUUAGCAAGACCCAGUCUCAAAAUAAAAAUAAAAAAGGGCUGGGAUGUAGCUCAGUGUGAAGGCCCUGGGUUCAGUUCCUAGUAUUACAAUCAUCAUCAUCAUCAUCAUCAUCAGUGCCUAUCCUAGGUGACCUUUCAGCUACACUUCUACCACCACCUGGCUCAGUUCAAUUGACCUAACUCACCUGAGUUCAGGAAUCAACCCCAGGGCCACUCACCUGUGACUGGCAGGGUAUGUGGGCUACACUGUCACCAAGGAAAUCAAUUUCCUUUAGAAAGUUGUCCCUAUUGAUCCAAAGUACACAGCAGCAGAUUAAUUGGCAUUAAUUAGGUAAGUAGGUGAGCCAGGCAUGGCGGUUCGUUCCUGUAAUCCCAGCACUCUGAGAGGCUGAAGCAAGAAGAUCCAAAGUGAAAGCCUAGCCCAGAUAAUUUAGCAACUUGAUGAAAUGCUGUCUCAAAACUAAAUAAAUAAAAGGCAUAGGGAUGUGGCUCAGUGUCAAGCCCCUGGGUUCAAUCCCCAGGAUUGUUUAAAAAAAAAGGGAGAGGGACUCAGAAAAUUUGUAUAAAGUUGGGGGGCUUAAGUUGAUUCCUAACCUGCUUUGGGGGCCAUUCAGAGUAUGGCCAAGGCUGGAAUCCACAGGAGGACUGAAUCAGACGUGGAGAUCACAUCAGGGACCAAGACUGAGCACUUAAGACAGAAAUGCAGCCAGGCCACUCAUGGUCAUGUGCCACCCAUCCCUCACCACACAAGCUGGACCCAUUGCUUCCAUCCCUAGUCUCUAACCUGCUCUCUGCAGCUGCCCACAGCUCAUCAAAUCCAACCAGCACUGACCCUUGUUGCCACCCUUAGGGUAUAACCCUCAUCCCUAGAUGUCCAGGAAAUCCCCCAUCCCUAGAUGUGGAGGCCAAGGAGGACGUGACUGGGGAGGGGUUCUACUGCACCCCACAGUGGAAACACAACCCUAAAAGGCUGGGAACUCAAGGAUCUCUUUGACUCUGAGCUCUUGGCAUUCUGUCCCUCUCACUGAAGUAGCUUCCCAUAACGUCCCCAGGGUCGCGGAGCUGGCAGCUUUGAGCCUCUCACUUCUGUCUCUGGCAGUCGGGGUGAAAGUGUACGGCCUCCGCUUUUGAGAUGCUCUCUGUGGGCCUGUGUGGGCUGGGAAGCUCAUUCCCAUCUGGCCCCAGCCGAAUUCUCAAGUCUCAGAUUUGGAUAAGAAUCUGUUUCCUGAGCUGAGAGCCCUGUUCUCUCCUGCCCCGUGGUGACACUUCCCUCAUCCCUGGGGCCCAGGCUGGCCCGGCAUCUGUGAGAACUGAAGAGGCAGGCGUGGAACCCUGGAGAGGGCAGGUGGGAGGCCAGAGGGCCACAGCUAUCCUCCUGGGGCCUGAGGUUUGCAGCCUGGGCCUCCCCAUCCCCACUGCUGGCUUAUGUAGCAAUGAUUGCUACCAGCUACCGGGUGUCCCUGACUUAGGGUGACUCCACUGUGAUUUUCUGACUUCACAAUAGUACAAAGGCAAUAGACAUUCAGUAGAAACUUUACUUCAAAUUUUAAAUUUUGAUCAUUUCCCUGGCCAGCAAUAUAUGCAGUGUGAUACUCUCUGACAACCCUGAGCAGUGUGAGCCACAGCUCCUAGUCAGCCACAAGCUCCCCAGGGGAAACAGCCCAUGUUCUACUGUGUACUGUGUUGCUAAGCAUUGUUGAUUGGUAGUUUAGGUGUCUUACAUGCAUUUUUGGCUUAUAAUAUUUCUACCUUGUGAUGGUGCUAUACUUUGCAUCUAGAAUGUCCUCCGAAGGCCUGUGUGAUAAGGCUUAGUGCCCAGCUUGGUCCUAUUGGAAGAUGAUGGGAGCUCUCAGAGGUGGGGCCCAGUGGGAGGCGUUAGGUCUUUGGGGGUGUGUCCUUGAAGGGGACUGUGGCUCCUUUCCUCUCUUUUUGGCUUCUGGCCAUGAGGUGAGGGCCCUUCCACAAUGCACUCCCACUGUGACAUGAUGCCUCACCACAGGCUCAAGAGCAACAGAUCCACUGCUCAUGGACUGAAACCUCCAACUCUGUGAGCCAGAGUGUAACUUUCCUACUUUUAAGUUGAUUAUCUCAGGUAUUUUGCUACAGUAAUGGAAAGUUAACUAACUGAUGAAUUUAGCAAGACCAUGAGUAUCUAAGCUCUUGGCUUACCCGGGCUGCAUUGAGUGGAGAGGAAUUGUCUUAGGCCACAUAUAAAAUUAAUAAUAUAGUUAGUGUAUGUAAGUAACAAAACUUCCUUUAUUUUCUUAUAAUUUUUAUUGCAACAUUUU